CGGACAAGAGCUCCUAUUGAAUAUCGUUGUUUUUUUCCAUAUAAAUUUAAAUUUUAGUGUUUAGAACGUCGCAGGUCCAUUACACCACUGUCUCCGCGACAACUGGGCACAUACAGUUAGAUUUGUGAAGUACAGUUAAGAAUCAGCAGCUUUCCUGUGCUUGCAUCAUCAUUUAAGGGCGAUGAACUUCAGGGGAGACGAAAUGUCCACCUUCAGGUUUGGAACCAGCGUGGGUCCUGCCAGGAUUGUAGGAAAUGCUCAGGAGGUCAGGGAGGAAGAUGAAGACAAACCAGUUGAUGAUGCUGAUCCAAACGUGGUGAUGCAGUGCCCUUAUGACCCGAACCAUCAUAUUCGGGCGUGUCGCUUCCCCUUUCACGUUCUCAAGUGUGCCAAGAAUCACCCCAAACUAGCAAAAGAACUUAAGACAUGCCCCUUCAAUGCCAAGCACAUGGUUCCCCGGCAUGAGCUGGCACGUCAUAUUGAGCACUGUGAGGAUAAACCAUCACUUACUACAGAGGACGAUGGGAACACCAAGAUGCACCCGAAAUUUCACGUGCCUGUUAAAUGUACAUCCCUUCCAUGUGAGGAGGACUGGGAAAAAGAGGCUGAUGACAAUGCUGCUACAUUUGUGUGGGGCGUGACCAACCAUCAGCUCAUCGUAAAUAACCCUCCGCCACCUGUUACAAACGACUUGAAAGCUGGAAUCCGUGCACCUCAAACUCUCCCCUGGAAGUUCUGAAAAAUCCCUUCCUUGUUUUUUGGUCUUCAUCUUCAGCAAGUACUGAUGCAACUGAAGAAUUUAGAAACUUUUAAAAUCACGCUGCCUGCUUUACCUUGCGUGUCUUAAACUGACUUAUUUGAAUACUUUAUUUUAUAUAAUGGAACACUUUUUAAAUAAGCUAUUUUUUUAACAAGGUUUUAAAACUGACCCUCACUUCCUGGAUUUGAGCUAGAACUCCAUGUUGGCUUCUGUUGAAAUGUGGAAGUCCAAGAAAUCUGGUGUGAGACUUUGAUGGCAAUUGUAAUCCAUUUCUUUUUAUGAAUAAAUACAGGAUUAUUUACAA